CCCCCCCUCUCGCGCAUGCGCAGUACGGCCCGGCGGGGGCUGAGGCCGGCUAUGGAAGCGGUGGCGGCGCCGCGCGUCCCCGUGCGGGACCCGGACCCGGACCCCCGCGGAGCCCCCCACGGAGCCCCCCACGGGGGACACAAUGGGGACUCUGGGACCCCGCAGCCGCGGAGUUGGGGCUCCGCGAGGUCGACUUUCCGCCCGGCGGGGUCUCCCUGCGCCAUGGAGCAGGAAUUCCGCGAGAUCGACGCGAAGGGAGAGUGGAGCCGGGUCUACCAGGAGCUGCGCCAGGAGUCGGCCGUCUACCCCUACAAGGCCGCCAAGCGGCCCGAGAACAGCCGGCGCAACCGCUAUCGCGACGUCAGCCCCUUUGACCACAGCCGUGUGCGGCUGCAGAGGGGAGAUGGCGACUACAUCAAUGCCAGCCUGGUGCAGGUGCCACAAGCUCAACGCAGCUACAUCCUGGCGCAGGCCCCGCUGCCCAACACGUGCGGACACUUCUGGCAGAUGGUGUGGGAGCAGAAGUCUCGCGCCAUCGUGAUGCUGAACCGCACGGUAGAGAAUAACGUGAAAAAGUGUGAGAAAUACUGGCCCAAGCGGAGGGACGCACCCAAGAGCUUCCGCGACUCCUCGGUCACGCUACUGGGCGAGGAGCGCACGCCCUUCUUCACCGUCCGCGAGCUCCAGCUACACUUCCUGCCGGCCGGAGAGACUCGGAAGGUUCUGCACUUCCACUACACCAUGUGGCCCGACUUUGGAGUCCCAGAAUCCCCCACGCACUUCCUCGACUUCCUCUUCCGGGUCAGGGCCUCGGCGUCGCUGUCGCCGGAGCUCGGGCCGCUGGUCGUGCACUGCAGCGCUGGGAUCGGCCGCUCGGGGACGUUCUGCCUGGUGGACACGUGCCUGGCGCUGGUGGAGCGCACGCGCGAGGGUCUCGUCCCCCCGGAUGUGCGCCAGGUGCUGCUGCAGAUGCGGCAUGCACGCAUGGGGCUCAUCCAGACGCCCGAGCAGCUCCGCUUCUCCUAUCUGGCCAUCCUGGAGGGCGCGCGCGCUGCCCUGCCAUCAGCAGCGGCGGUUCUGCCUAAGGAGUGUGGAGCUGAGGGAGCGGAGGGAGAACGGUUGGGAGAGCAGGCGCUGGCAACCGUGGCUGUGCGGGGCAGCGACGGCGAGGCCGGUGGUGCCACGGGUGAAGCCGACAAUGCGGGGGUCACGUGGUGGUCACAUGGUGCGGUGGAGAGGGUGGCCCCAAGGGAGGAUGACGAGCGGCAAAGGGACAACGCGAGUGACGCGGAGAGCAGGAGCAUCAAGCGGAAGUUGGAUUCUCCUCCUCUGCAGCUUCCGGACGAAGAUGGAGGAGAGAGCAGUUGUAAGAGGUUGCGGCCCUAGCCCUCGCUACGUUGGCCGGCACUCGGCCCAUGACAACGGCGGGCGGUGGCAUGCACGCCACGCAACGAAAUUACCGUGGCGGCAGCAGCAGCUUGGCCCGGGGCACUACCACGGGCAUGAUGCGCCGCAAGGAAAGGCGGCUUCCAGGGAACCUUGAGCAGGCGAAGUGAAGGGAGAUUUUUCUGUUUGUGUCAAAGAGCUUCUGCAGCAAUGGUGUGGGGUCUGCAGAAGCAUCCAGGUUCCACUCCUCCAUCUCCUCCUCCUUUGCUUUCUCGUCCUCCUGCUGCGGCUACCGCUGCUGCGGCUAUUUGACGCGGCCCCAAGUUUCAAGAGCGGGGCAAUGUGAAUGCUCCACGUGUGUUUUUUUAAUGAUUGACAGCUUGCCCAGACAGCCAGACUAAGAGAGGGCACCACUAAAGUCGGACUUCUGCCUCUGCUGGGCGCGGGAUGGAAGAGGGGGUGGACCGGAGCUGUGUCGAGGUGCGACGAUGCGGUUUUCCCAAGACUGCUGUGUUUUGUACUAGUGUUAUUUUUCUAUCGGCCUCAGGUUUUGUCACCAUGCUCGUUAGCGGUAAUGAAUUGGCUAGUGGCGGGGUCCUGGCUGGGGAGUCGGGCCCCGCCCUCGCUCGGGGAAGGAGGGACCGGGGUGCGGAAGGGUAUUUAUCCCCCGGUAAGGAAAGUGAAGUUGCUUGUGAAGGGCGUGUGUGGGGAAUCUUGGAAUGUUUUGCGAGUGCUUGUUUGCAUGUGAACCUUGGUAGUGGUGGUGCGAGCGGCGUGGUGUGUGUAGUGAGUGCUAUCGUAAAGCACUGGUAUUGUGAUGUCACAAGUCAUGUGACUCGUGCCAAGUCAGCCCGUGGUGUCGGCGGCCGCUGGCCCCGUGAUCUCUCAUCGCCAACCGCUGCCACGACUUGGCGUACCGGCGUCUCCAGUCGACUCGGUGCACUGCCGAUGUGCUCAUGGGCCACAACUUUGAGCCACAUCCACUGCACAAGCCAUGGCAGAGGUGGCUAUACCUGAUGAUGAUGAUGAUGCAUAAAUGGAAAGUUAAAAACUCUGAGCAGUGUGCGGCAACUGUGGUCACCACCCAGCACAGGACCAUUGGGUGUGUAACGACUCGAUGCCGAUUCACAUCGUCAUCACAGUCACGGUUCACCACGCUGCUCCUCUGGAUGCAAUUAUCUGACUCCACCACCUCGGUGUAAAAUUCCAGCUCUUGCACGACAUCAACAUCAGCCAUACGAAAUGAUAAGAUUUCCUAUUAUAAAUCACAACAACCGCCUUUCGGCACUAAGUGGUGGUGACGUCACCACUAUAAAUCACUCGCACUUGUACACAAGCCCAGCGGGUGUAGUCUGAUUCCUUGGAUCAGGCUUAAAAGACCCGCGCGUGGCUAUGGUGGUUUUUGCACCGUGUUGGUCUGCACGCGACCCCUGCUACACGUGAAGCUGCCCAGCAAACAGUGCAGGUUGUAGAGGGCGGGGAUUGCAAACGUUUGUGGCAAGUUUGAGCGCCCUGCUGGUGCGAGCGGUAUUGGUGGUGCGAGUGCUCUGAUGGCGUGGCUGUUGUGUUGGUGUGAGUGUAGUUGGUGGUCUCAGUGUUGUGAUGGUUGUUUUUUCGGUUUGAGAGUUGGUUGUGGUGGUGUGACUUCGUUCUCCUGGUGUUGCCAGCGCAGGACCUUUCUCGGUUCCAGCCUCUUGGUGGAAAUGUGGAUGAUGCUUGCAAAAUAAAGAAACAUUCCAACUACA